AUGCCGCCUCAAUCCGCUACCGUCCCUUGUCAGUAUCGUACAGGACGUACGCUUGGAAGCGGUACAUAUGCUAUCGUGAAGGAGGCCAUACACAUCACGACAGGCAAAUACUAUGCUUGCAAAGUCAUUAACAAGAAGCUCAUGGAGGGGAGGGAACAUAUGGUUCGCAAUGAGAUUGCUGUACUAAAGAAGAUAUCGAGCGGUCAUCCAAACAUUGUGACACUGCACGACUACUUCGAGACGUCGCACAACCUCUACCUUUGCUUCGACCUUUGCACUGGUGGUGAACUCUUCGAUAGCAUAUGUGCUAGGGGACAGUACACUGAGGCUGACGCGGCUGGGCUCAUCCGCACCAUAUUCCAGGCGGUCAAAUACAUUCAUGACUGCGGGAUCGUGCAUCGCGAUCUGAAACCGGAGAACUUACUCUUCCGGUCAAAACCAGAGAAGACUUCGGAAAUCAUGAUCGCCGACUUCGGCCUUAGUCGAGUAAUGGCGGAGAACAAGUUGAGCAUGUUGACGGAAGUUUGUGGCACGCCUGGGUACAUGGCGCCUGAGAUCUUCAAAAAGACGGGUCAUGGGAAACCUGUUGACGUCUGGGCAAUGGGCGUGAUCACGUAUUUCUUGCUCGCUGGUUACACCCCUUUCGAUCGCGACACGCAGCGACAAGAGAUGGAAGCCAUCAUCGCUGGAGAUUACAAGUUCGAGCCUGAGGAGUAUUGGUCCAUCGUCUCGGACACUGCCCGGGAUUUUGUUGCCACUUGCCUGACCGUCGAUCCCGAACAACGGCCAACUGCAGCACAGAUGCUUGAGCAUGAAUGGCUCACAUCUGAGAUACCGCACUUCGUCGAGAACGAGACGGGUGAGCCAAGAGACUUGUUGCCGAACGUCAGGAAGGCUUUCGACGCGAAGAAGACGUUCCGAAAAGCAGUGCUGGGAAUGAUGGCGGUGAAGCGUAUGUCGACACUCGCCCAUCACCUGUCACCAGAGGCGCGGAAGUUCGGCGAGGAUUUGUAUCAGUUCAAGCAAGAAUCCGAGAAGGAAACACUCGAGGAUAUACAUGUCGUCCACCACCACAACGCCGACGUAGAGCAGCUCAAGUCGCAGGACGAUAUCUCCAUCGCAAAGGGCCCAAAUGGGAAAGCGGUGGCGGGGAGCGACAUUAGUCAGAAGCUCGCCACUGUGAGCCUCGCUGCGAAAAGUGGCAACCUUAAGAGCGUCUGA